AUGAAGUACAUUCAAACCGACCAAAUCUUGGAAGUUCCUGAGGGCGUUACCGUCACCAUCAAGGCCAGAUCUAUCAAGGUCACCGGUCCAAGAGGUGAGCUCACCAAGGACUUGAAGCACAUCGACGUUGCUUUCAGCAAGGUCAGCGACAAGGCCAUCAAGAUCACCGUCAUUAACGGUGACAGAAAGCACGUUGCUGCUUUGAGAACCGUCAAGUCUUUGGUUGCCAACUUGAUCACUGGUGUCACCAAGGGUUACAAGUACAAGAUGAGAUACGUCUACGCGCAUUUCCCAAUCAACGUUAACGUUGUUACUGUUGACGGUCAAGACUACGUCGAGAUCAGAAACUUCUUGGGUGAGAAGAGAGUCAGACAAAUCAAGAUCUUCGACGGUGUCACCGUUGAGCAAUCCACCACCCAAAAGGAUGAGUUGGUUUUGUCCGGUAACUCCUUGGAGGCUGUUUCUCAAAACGCUGCUGACAUCCAACAAGUCUGCAGAGUCAGAAACAAGGAUAUCCGUAAGUUCUUGGAUGGUAUCUACGUCUCUGAGCGUGGUUUGAUUAACAACGAGUAA